CGACCACGACAACGAGGAACAGGACGAAGACGACGAGGACAACGCGCUCGAGAUCGGCGGCAAGAACUUCAGCUCCGUCUUCUGCAUGAAGCUCCCCGAUCGCCCUGUCACCAUGAGCACUGCUCAAUCCCCCCAUCCCCUCCCGUGUUCUCCGCCGUCAGUUUUGAUCAAAUUAAUAAAUGCCCAUGACUAAAUCCAUCCUCGCUCUGCUGCUGCUAGUAUAAUCACAGGCUUGCGCUGGUUGAAUCCUGCAUCAUGUGGUUGGUAUUGCUGGCCAGUCCGAACAUGGUGCUCAGUGAGUAGCGCUCUCAGGUGGUUACAUAGACGAUGAGGACCAUGGGGAGUGGUUCCUGUAUACUGGAAGUGGAGGAAGACAUCUAAGUGGGAACAAGCGAACAAACAAGGAGCAAUCUUUUGAUCAGAAAUUCGAUAAGAUGAAUGCUGCUCUGCGUCUUAGUUGCCAGUUCUUGGGGGCGCGGGGCGGAAACAGUGUGCAGUUCACCGAGUUCAUCCAGAACAACCUCCACCUCUACCAGUUCCGCAACAACAUGCCGCUCAGCACCGCCGCCGCCGCCAACUUCGCCCGUGGCGAGCUCGCCACCGCCCUCCGCAAGGCUGGAACGUGGGAGGAAAAGAACCUCAAUUCAUGGGCUAAUGAUAGAAGUAAUUGGUGCUUGGAAGAAGGGACUACCAUUUCAGACAAAUAUGGCAGUGCACGCAGUGAACUUGUGGGCGAGUUGAAUUCUAUGCCUUGUACCGACGUGGCAUAUGAAGGUCUGGGAAUUCAAGCAUCCCACAUGUAUCUGAUAGAGAACAACGAUUUCAUGGUGAUCGGAAUAAUCAGUCCACCUGCUGUGGGCAUGUCAACCAUCAUGAAUGAGCUUUAUGGCUACGACGGAAGCUGGCCUGCAUGGCCAAGGAGUACUUCAAGUUUCUGAACAAGUACCUGGCCACGUUCGAUGGAUCGACUGAUGAGGCCGACGGAAUCGGUGCUGCAAAGGAGGAAGCCGUUGCAGCAAUCAUUGAUUUUGUCAAGUCAGCUGAUCUCUAUCAGGUGUCCAGCUUGCAGAAACUACAAGGUUUUUGCACAAGUGAAGUACAAAGCUAUGAAGCGUAUCAACAAAGAGUAACAUAUCUAUUGUAAUAGUAGGCAGUAGUAGGUAUAUCUAGGUUGUGGUGUAGUGUAAAGAUUGUAAUAGACAAAUUUAAUGUUGGUUUGGACGAAUUUCAUUUGCCUCCUAUCCUGUUUGAAAUAUUGAUUAUGAAUGUGAUUUGAAUACCUAUGAAAUGGCAAUUUGACAAGGGGACCAAGUUAUGAUA